ACGCUCGCAUGUCAUCUUUUAUCUCGCCCUUUGGUGUUUUCGUGUCGUUUAUUCGAAAAUAUACGUAAUUAACAGUAAUUUACUUGUACGUUCUCAUACACGUUUAACGAUAAGAUAAAGUUUCUAUAUUGACACUAUAUUCUAUCCCAUGUGCGCAUAUUAUCAAAGAAACAAUGUCUGACUUGGGACCUGAACACCCAAAGAAUUUAAUUCCUGAACUUUGCAAACAGUUCUAUCAUUUAGGAUGGGUUACCGGCACUGGUGGAGGAAUUUCUAUAAAAGAAGAUGGCAAAAUCUACAUAGCACCUUCAGGAGUCCAGAAAGAGCGGAUGAAAUCUGAUGACCUGUUUGUACAGACUAUUGAUGACGAAGAUUUGGAACUGCCUCCUCCAGAAAAGAAGUUAAAAAAGAGCCAGUGCACGCCGCUGUUCCUGAUCGCGUACCGCGACCGCGGCGCCGGCGCAGUUAUACACACGCACUCGCCUCACGCUGUGCGCUGCACGCUGCUCUAUGACAAGGAGUUUGUUAUUACUCACCAGGAGAUGAUUAAGGGCAUAAAAGAUGCAAAGCUCGGCCGCUUCCUUCGCUACGAUGAGAAGCUAGUCGUCCCUAUUAUAGAGAAUACUCCCUUCGAACGAGACCUGGCGGGCAGUAUGGCGGCGGCGCUGAAAGAGUACCCUGGCACCAGCGCCGUGCUGGUCCGCAGACAUGGCGUCUACGUAUGGGGCGACACUUGGCAUCAGGCCAAGACCAUGACCGAAUGCUAUGAUUAUCUAUUCGAAAUGGCGGUGGAAAUGAAGAAGCUUGGUCUGGACCCCGCGCACAACCCUGAGACUGAAGCCAAUGGGAAGUCGUAACAUUGAAAGACUGGAUGAGGUCAUUCACUCCACUAUAUUAGGCAGGUACUUUCUGUAUAUCUUUCUUUAUACAGCGUGUCCUGUAAGGAAUGGUUCAUACAUAAGUGGAAAAUGGGUGGUAUCCUAGGUCAAAGAUAAAUUAUGAAAUUCUAAUUACUAAACUGUAUAAAGACAGAUCUAACUGUCGGAAAUCAUUUUCUUUAUUCUAUUUAGCUUUUUUAUGUUUGUUAUCGACAAAUACGCAAUAAUAUGUCCGAUAUUUUAUCACGUGUUUCUAUGAUGUCACAGUGUGCUUUUUCAAUUCCAUAGUAAUUUCGUGUUUUGACGUUUAGUUAAAAGUAAUAGAUUUAACUAGUUGGAAACUAGCCUUUUUUAACGACUAGACGUAAGUGUUAUACCAUAUUAGAAAACCAAUAAAAUGUCCCAGUUUAUUAGAAAAUAAUUAAAAAAACUCAUUAAUUUUGCGACGGAAAAUUCCACUUGAUAAUAACUCAGAACCAUGGUCUGAAUCAUCCCCCUCAGGAUUCGUUACGAUGUCACUAACAGGCUGUAUUGUCGCCUUAUAAAAUCACAUUACAAUUCGCGGCGCGGUUGCCAUAUGGCGAGAGCUGGAUUGAUAACGUGGGUUAUUGGUCUCACAGCCCAUACGAGAGAAAGAGACCUACUAUGAUAGAAGAAGAACACCUAACUUACCGUAUAGCUGGUGGUCAGUCCUCAUCGUCGCCUCCAUCGUCGUCGUACACUUUAGGCUUUUCACGCGGCGGAGGCUGAUAGCUUUAGGAAUCCAAUAAAAUGACCAAUGUACAGUUCACUGUCGCACAUUUUUUUCAUAGGACAACUUAUUAAAAUUCAGAGGGCUUAAAAAGGCCACAUGGAAGCAAUUUAUCUAAAAAGCAAUAUUGCUAUUUGACUUUUGCGCUAAUUAGGUGAGUUAUUUUCCACUUCCGUUUGAUCCACUAUUUACGGGACGCGCUGUAUAUUAGCCGCCUUAUCAAUAAAAAAUAAACAACCUGUGGUGAAUGCAUAGGUACCUAUGACAUUAUAAAAAAGCCAAGCAAAGUUCAACCUGUGGAUUACAAUAAACAUUUUGUUUUUAUUGAAUUAUUUUAUGAUUGGACUCCAUUUUGGUCGCUGGUUCAAAUCCGGCUCGAAGGACCAUUAACAGGGAAGCAUUUAGUUUUUCGGUGAAAUUAAAUAAAAAACUGAAAUUACUUACAGCUCCCUUCGCGUCUUCAUUU